GGUAUUUCUCCGAACGCCCUUAGAAGAACGCCUCUGUCAGCAAGACAUCCCACACAAGGAAAAAAUCUACAUUUUUACGGGCUUUUAAUUGUGAACUGAAUGAAGAUGGAGCAAAGACAAGAAAACGUAGAAGAAAUAUGCCCUACGGAACUUGAAAAGGACGCUAAAGUUCACAGGAAGCCAAAACGAGAAUUCGUCCAAACAUGCAAUUUUUAUGUCAUGAAGAAGAAGAGAUAUUGCCGCAUGUUAGUAAGACCGGGUCUGAAUUAUUGUGGUCAACACCUUGUUGAAGAACCUGAUGCAGAUAAAUCCUACCAACGUAAAAGGAUACCAUGUCCCCUUGACCCAAAGCACUCUUGCUUUGAAGACAACGUAGAACAUCACAUACUAAAAUGCAAUGCAAGAGAGAUGACAGACCUUCCGUACAUGAAGCGCAACAUAAACCAAAGAGCUGACGUAGAGGAAGAGCCAACAAAAACUCCAUUAUCAGCUCUCUCAGACCAAGAAUUACUGGCUUUCAUAGCUAAGGUGGAAAAAGUUCACCAAGAUCAUGUUGGAACAAUAGAAGAAUCAGUAUUAAAGCAUAGUGCACUGGAUGAGGAGAUGAAGACCCCAGGGUAUGGUUUGAGUGUGAUCAGACACCUAGGCCAGAACUCGUCAUUGCUUGGAAAACCCCUUGGAGCAGUUUUGCUAGUAUCACGUUAUAGAAUGUGGCUUCCCCCUGAAGAAUUCUACACCUUAACAUCCCCCACAAGGCCCCCUACACCCAGAUGA